AUGGUGUCCUUCUGGCCCUGGAGGGGCGAUGACUCCUCCCCGGCCUCGUUCGAAAAAGCCCUCUCGGCUCUGUCCAUCAAGAUUGCCGACUCCCAGGCCCGCCUCGAGCGCGCCCGCGCCACGUCCCGCCGUGUGCGGGUGCUGUGGACGCUCUACCUCUCCUUCGGCUACCUGAUCUAUGCGAUUGUCCAGAUCCUGGUCGUGGGCACCAACAACAUGCGCACCCGCGAGUGGGCCGGUGUCGCAGGAGGUCCCGUCAUCAUCUUCUUGACGAGAACUGUCGUCACAUUCUACUUCAACUUUCGGAUCGAGAGGCUCUCGGUGCGCCUCAAAGAGCAGCAGGACGAGCGCGCCAAGACGAUCCAGAAGCUCAAGGACGCGACCAAGUACGACUCGACGAUGCAGCUUCUGGAGAAAUACGGCGGCGACAACAAGACGGACAAGGACGGCAAAAAGGCAGACGGCAGCCAGCAGAACCACGGCUCAAAGCAGCAAAACGAGCAGCAGCAGGGCAAACAUGGCAACGGAUCUGGUCGCACGGCGUUGCCUCCUCCCCCGACGGCCAACAUUCAGCGCCGCAACGGACCCGUGGGCGUGGCGACCCCCGGCACGCAUCAGUCUGGCCACGGCGAUCCGCGGUCGGGUGCGCCGCCGCCGCUCACCGGCCUCGAGCCGUCGGCCGAGUUUGCGCCCAACGCCUACGCCCAGCAGCCGCCGCAGCACUUUGCCCAGCAGGCCGAGCUCACGGCGGACUCGUCGCACUGGUAUGACCGCAUUAUGGAUCUUCUUCUUGGUGAGGAUGAGACGGCGCCCAAGAACCGCGUGGUGCUCAUCUGCCGCAACUGUCGACUCGUCAACGGCCAGGCACCCCCGGGAACCAAGUCUCUGGCGGAGCUGGGCAUGUGGAAAUGCAUGUCGUGCGGAGCCGCGAAUGGCGAGGUGGACGAGGGCAAGCGCAUCGUCGAUGAGGUGCUCAGGUCAAAGGAGACCACGAGCGAGGUCGCGGCUGGCGAGGAGUUCAAGGAGGAGGACGACAGCGAGGAGGAGACGCCCGAGAUGGUGCAAGUUGGCAAGGACGAGAUCGGUCCCGAGGGCCAAGCGUCUGGAAAACACACGGCAUCAGGCACCCGUAAGCGAAAGGGGAAGAAUGGCUAA